AUGCUCGCAGAGGCAAUCGCGUUCGUCGAGGAACUCGUGAACAACUCGGCGGGGUUCAGGAACGGCCCGGACGGCGAGGCCGACGACUGGAAGUCCAUCCGCAGCAAGAUCGACAUGUUCGACGCCAUCGUUGACGACCCCGUCGCCAUGCUUACGCGGGCAUGCUCCUGCCGGCGCUGCCUCGCGUGCGCCGCCGGCGGUUGCGACCGGCACAUGUCCGCCGAAGACGCGCUCGCCGCGGCGGCCGCGGAGGGCCUCGUCCUCGUGCGCAGCGCGAAGAACAUCUCCGGCUUUGUCGGCGUCUCCUUUCGCGAUACCUCGCACGUCCACCCGUUCUAUGCGUCCGACUACAGCACCGCGAGCAACGGCAGGACCGCGCGGAAGAUACUGGGCUUCUUCGCCACGGCGGAGCAGGCCGCGCUCGAGAAGGCCAGGCACGCUCGCAGCAUUCGCAAGCGGGUCGGAAGCGGUGGCGCAAACCUUGCCCGCUCCCACCCGCCGAACGGGAAGCGGCCCGCCGAGACGUCUACUGCACAGGCUGGCGCCGCGUCGCCACCCCAGGCCUGGUGGACCUACAGCAGCGCUGAACGCACUGCGAUUGAAGCGAUGAGCAAGAGCCAAGUCGAGCAAGCCGCGGCCGGCGAGGGGCUCGUGCUCGAGGCGAAUAAGACCGACCCGUCGCGCUACAAGGGCGUCAUCGAGCGGGAGGGCGCGAGCGGCGCCGUCGUCUACUCAGCGUACUGGCAGCCGUGCGCAAGCGACGCUCGGCGCCUCGGGUUCACGGGCUGUGGCAUGCGCUUCGGGUUUUGGACCCGGCCGGAGCACGCCGCGCUCGCGCUCGCACGGGAGAGGAAGCGCGCCUUCGAGCGGGCGCCGCCGGCGGUGGCGGAGCCGCAUGCGCCCGAUCCUCUGGGUUGCGCAGCGCCGCAUCGACGCAUGCCGCAAAGCCCGGCAAGCGCUGCGCCCGGCCGCGACCCGCAGUCCCCGCUUCGAAGCCCUCUGAGGGAGCUCUCGCAGCUGGCCGACGACCGGCUCGCCACCAGGCAGGAGGCCUAG